ACCUUCUCUCCGCGUGCACGGACACGUUCGUGGCAACGAUCACAAUCGCCGCUGCGGGAGCUGGUCCCCAGACCCAGGGUCCCCUUCCCCUACCGUCGCGCUUUUGCCACCGACGUCGACGGGUAUCGUCGGCCGCAGUUAGACCGAGUCCGUUCGCGCAUUCGCAUUAAUUUCCAAUCCCGCGGUGUGUGCUCUCUCGUGCUCGCCGCUUCUUCGCUCUUUCCUCCCCCCCACCCACCCCCCCUCUCACUCUCUCUCUCUCUCCCUCACUGGCGAGGCGCGAACACCACGCGCGACGAGCACACGUCCCAAACCCAGAGGCAGGCGGUGUCCUCGGCGCGAGGGUGUCUCGAGGGCGACGGUGAAAGAGAUGCGCGUGAAUUCGAGUACGCGAAGUGCGAAAGCCAUCGGGUUCGGAGUAACGGAAUCGCGAUAAUCGCGUCCACGUCGCGUUCGAUCGAUCAUUCGUAGUCCGAGUUGCGAGCACUCGAAGCACUGUGUCACCAGCGGCCUGUCCAGUUGAACGUCGCGAAGGGAAGAGGCAGAUUGGGAGGAUAAGAGUUCCGGUGCAACGCUUUGGGACGCGACCAGGAUACAAGUUUCAACUCGGGUCCAGGCCGCGAGGAGAGGAAACAAGCGUGGUGGAACGCGCGAAGAGAACCGCUAAGCGUGUUGGAUGCGCAGCAAUCACGGAAUUGGCGGGGAACCAAGGCGGAAGUAAGGUCUCUUAACGGGUAACGGACUCGCCGAGCAUAGGGAAGAUCCCAGGAAGAGUCGAGCAGGUUCACCCUUGGCCGGAGAAUAAAAAGCGUCCACGAUCACUUCUGCGCUAACUUCGCAGCCAGUGGCAACACCUGGAUCCUUUCGUCAGCGUGAUGAUACAGAGGAUCGCGACGCUCGCGACGAUGGAAACAUGAAGACGCUGGAAGAUCGUGCGCUCGAUCGACGCAGCUCCACUCCUGUCGACCAUACAUGACCGAUGUGACGCAGCCCAUCAGGAAUAUUUUCACGCAAAAUGAUUCGUGCCCUUGUCCUUCUGUGCAUGGCCGUUCUACCUGUCGCGCGAUGCCACAAGAUCCACGAGCACAUGACGAGGGAAGAGAUGAUAUCGGUGUUUCACACGGGACACGAGUCUGGUAAUCGCGUACCAACGUACGAGAUUGUGCCUGUGCUGCAUUCGGUGCACAAGAGGAGCACGGAGGCGCCAGAGAUACACCUGAAGGCCUUCGGGAAGGACAUCAGUCUGUCGCUGAAACCUACCGACGGGCUGCUGACAGCGAACCGUUUGCCCAUGUGGACUGUCACGAAGAACGCGUCGCAACCUGACGGCCUUCAUUACGAGAAGGUGACGGACGUCGACAUAGAUAUCGGUGACAUCUAUCAAGACACGACCAACAUGGCGUCCAUUCUGGUGCACCAGGACGCAAAUGGGAAAGUGCUCGUUGAUGGCAACAUCGGUUCAGAGUUGGUGAUUCGGCCACUGCCUGAUCGAGUGUUGCGGGAAGUGGUGAAAAAGAGCACGACUUUUCACGGGGCUGAACUGCUACCGAACGUAACGAAGAGUAAAGGGAAGCUGAAGUACACCAACCAUCACGUGAUCUUCAAGAAAGCGAGCCGACCAGGCGGCGACGAGUACAGCGAUUUCACGCUGAUGGAGCCCGACCACUUGGCCAAGAGGUACAGAUCCAAGCGAUCGGUGGGCGAUAGAUCGAAGAGAGAAGCCCCGUACGUGAUCUAUCCGGAAAUCCUGUGCAUCGUGGAUUACGACGGAUACAGGUUGCACGGGGGUGACAACGUCCAGAUCAAGAGGUACUUCGUGUCCUUCUGGAACGGGGUAGAUUUAAGAUACAAGCUGCUAAAGGGACCAAAAAUUCGUAUCAGUAUCGCUGGAAUUAUUAUCUCACGGGGAAGGGACGCCACGCCGUAUUUGGAAAGAAAUCGCGUGGGACGAGACGCCAUUGAUUCGGCGGCUGCGCUGACCGACAUGGGCAAAUACCUCUUCCGGGAACGAAGACUUCCGGUCUACGACAUCGCUGUCGCCGUCACAAAAUUAGAUAUGUGCAGGAGGCAAUACGCGAAUGACGUGUGCAAUAGAGGAACCGCAGGUUUCGCGUACGUGGGUGGAGCGUGUGUUGUAAAUAAGCGACUAGAAAAAGUGAAUUCGGUUGCUAUCAUCGAGGACACGGGAGGAUUCAGCGGAAUUAUCGUCGCUGCCCACGAAGUCGGUCAUUUAUUGGGCGCAGUCCACGACGGUUCGCCACCGCCCAGCUACCUCGGAGGACCUGGUGCCGAGAAAUGUCGCUGGGAGGACGGCUACAUCAUGAGCGAUCUCCGGCACACCGAGAAAGGCUUCAAGUGGUCCCACUGCAGCGUCUCGUCGUUUCAUCAUUUCCUAAAUGGCGACACGGCAACGUGCUUGUACAACGCGCCCCACGAGGACGAGGGGCUUCCUAGAGUUCUGCCUGGGAAAUUGCUAUCGUUGGAUGCACAGUGUCGGAAGGAUCGCGGAACGAGCGCGUGCUUCAAAGACGACAGAGUAUGCGCCCAGCUGUUUUGCUUCGACGCUGGUUCAGGAUAUUGCGUGGCCUAUCGUCCGGCAGCGGAAGGCUCCCCGUGUGGAGAUGGUCAGUACUGCCUGAAUGGAAAGUGCGUAGCCGAGCACGAGAACAUUAUACCAGAUUACACGCAAAACAUACCGACUUACGUGCGCCGAGACGGCACUUACAACCCCACAGCCCACAAUCGGCCUCUAUUCGCCCAAUACAACAACACAGAUUACAGGUAUCCGUGGGAAUCGACGACACACAGCACGCAACAAACGAAAUUUAAGUACUACUCGCCGUCGUCGAGCCUCGCCUCGUCGACGAGCAGUCCUUAUUACAAACGCGUCACACCCUUCACGACUCCAGCGACUAAAUACACACAAACGACUGCCGGUCACUUAUACGCCAAUAAGUACAAGACUAAAGUUUACAAUGACUACAAUAGUAAUAAGAACGGCUACGUUAGCACCACUACGAGGAGAUACUCGAAUCAUUUGAGUUCGUAUUACACCGUUAGUCCUGUCUCGAAAGUCACGAACGACGUGAGCUAUCCGAAAAUUAGCCCAUUCAAACAUAAAAGUACGGUGAGCAUGAUGAGGUUUCCGACGACAGCCAAGGGGGAUCAGAAUGGGCUUCGAAGCGAUGGUCGCGAACCAGAGGUCGAUGAGUGCACGGACGUGGGGUCAGAUUGCGCGGAGCUGAUUGACAGGCUGAGAACAUGGCUGUGCCAUUUGCAAUCUGUGAAAAAUCGCUGCUGCGCGUCCUUGAAGACGAUUUGCGCCGCUUGAUCGAUAGAGGAAGGAUUAAAUUGGUUAGGACGUCGCGUUGGCCAGUGCUGGCCGCAGAACCGACACGAAUAAAAAUACUAUGGCGCGCACUCAGCACGCGUUCAGCUCGUCGAGCAGAGAAAAACUAAUGGACCCGUCGGAAACGGGGGCUAAAUCGUGUCCUCCGCCACGUGUCGGGUCGUAUUUAUCCGAGGAAAGACAUCUCACGGAGUUCUGGAUGCCGAGAAAGUGCAAUUUCCCCUUCAUUAAGUAGUUACUGUAUAACUGUGUUACCCUCCCCCCCAAGAUAUACCUUCAUUCGCUCUUCUUUGUGUUUAUAUUUUUUUUUUGUUUUUUUUUUUUUGUUUUCUUUUUUGUACGGUAGUACCGCAGGAGCUUUGUACGAAAGAGUGUACGUAUUCGAUCCAGGAGACGAACUGUUCGAUCGAUGAUCAAAGUCAUUCGGAUUCGCAUGUAAUUUAUUCGAUGCACGAGAUAGCGCGGGUGACAUGUGUCGCGAUAAGAGUAUUAUCACGCUAGACGCGCGCGAUUCGCUCACCUGCGUGUGAGAAGAGCUUCCCUAAAAUCAUGAAAAAUUGUAGCGCAAGACAAUAAAUGGUGAUUAUACAAUGGA